CCCCUCCAGCCCCUCCACUCGGGUGCGGUGACUGCGCGAUCCGUUUCAUUCAGAGAUGACCCAGACAAGCCAGACUGCCAGACAAUCAGAUUACCUAAGGAUUGUCUAGGCCCCAUACGUCUAGAACCGCCCGUCUAGCCCCCCAUCAGACUACAACAGCCGGCUAGGUCGGGCCCAGACGGGGUAUUCGAGGGAGGUCUGCUGGUCGUGCUGGUCCGGCAGGGCAGUGCAGCCUGGCCCCAAGACUCUGGUCUGGUGCAGCGCCUGACGUGUGCAAUCAUUCCCGUUCCGUCCGCAUCCUGCCCCCCCGUCUUGCCAGCCAGCCAGCCAGCCAGCCAGCCUGCCAGCCUGCCAGUCCGGACCCAGUCAAGCCCAGCCCAGCCUAAUUCAUCAUCGCCCUCCGCCCAAGCUUCUUUCAUUCAACCGUUCGUUCGUUGGCCACCAUCCACACCUCCAUCACCUUGACCUCUGACGCUCUCUGCACGCCUACGGUAUCUACGGCCUGACCUGCAGAACUCGUCAUCCCCUAGGCAGUCAGUCAACCCACCCCUGUCGCCUGCGGACCUGCACUCCUUCGAAGCCCGAGCUGCCCACCUUCCAGCCCGCCAACCCGCCUGCCUGCCAGCCUGCACGAGUGGAUCACGAAAUCCAAGGCCCAACCCCAUCGGCGGACCACCUAGAGAACCGCAUCUUUCUCCCAACAAACAACCCCUUCCGCAAAACCACAUCUGCCCCUCAAUAUGGCUACUCGAGGACCCCCUGGCGGCCGAGGAAUGGGCAACCGAUUCGCGCAGUUCAAGCUGGUGCUGCUUGGAGAAUCUGCCGUCGGAAAGAGCUCAAUAGUGUUGCGAUUUGUAAAGGACCAAUUCGACUCGUACAGAGAAUCAACUAUUGGCGCCGCCUUCCUCACACAGACCAUCUCUCUCGACGAGAACACGACUGUCAAGUUCGAGAUCUGGGACACCGCCGGGCAGGAGAGAUACAAGUCUCUGGCGCCCAUGUACUACAGGAACGCGAACUGCGCCGUUGUAGUCUACGAUAUCACACAAGCUGCAUCGUUGGAUAAGGCCAAGGCGUGGGUCAAGGAGCUCCAGCGCCAGGCCAACGAGAACAUCAUCAUCGCCCUGGCCGGAAACAAGCUGGAUCUCGUCACCGAGCAGCCUGACAAGCGGGCCAUCCCCGCCUCCGAGGCUGAGGCGUACGCCCGCGAGGCCGGGCUCUUGUUCUUCGAGACAUCCGCCAAGACCGCCGAGAACGUGAGGGAGCUGUUCACCGCCAUCGCUAAGAAGCUGCCACUGGACCAGGCUGGCCCACGACACUCCAGGGUAGGACAGCGGCCAGGCGUCAGCCUCGGGGCGCCGGAGAGGUCGGACACGAACAGCAACGGGCCAUGCGCGUGCUAAGUGCCGUGGCUGUUGACGGUCUGCGUCCGACCAGGAGCUCUACAUACCACGCUGUGCUACGUACGCAGCUCAGCCUGUUUUUGGAUCACGUGGUGGCGCGGCUCUCUGUAAGGUAACGACAAGAGAUAUCGUGGGAUAGCAGGCCGUGGGCCUGGGGCAUAGAUUGGAGGAACUGCUGGCUCUUCCCUGGGCACUUUACGAUACCAGUGAAGCCGGCGCUUUUGUUUGGCUUGGGAGUCCUGCAGUAGGAUGGUUACCCUUUAAUACCUUUAUUUCCUUUCUUGAUACGCUGCUUCUUGGUGGUGUUUUGGCAUUGUUCAUGACCGAUCGUUGGCAUAGUCCAGGGAAGAAAGAGGCAAACGGCUGGCGUCCAGGGAUGAUGUUGAUAUGACGAGAUUGUCUAGCCGCCACGAGCCUUACACUACACUACUGGGAGAAGGGGGACGGGGGAAAUAUCAUUUUCGGGAGCGCAGCAAGUGCGGUGUGGACAUCAUCCGGAGUUGUACACUACGCGAACAUAGAAGACGCCAAAGAAAUGAGAUAUUUUGUCUUGAG